AUGUCUUUAAUAAAUAACGAUAACUUUAUACCAGAAGAUUCCUCUAAUGAUGAUACCCAAAAUGAAAGAACUCCAUUGGUACAUCAACAAGCUAAUUUUCAAGAAUCAGAAGAUACUCAAGAUUAUCGAACCUUGAUUGAAUUGGGAAAAUCAACAGCCAAGCAAACUAUAUUCAAUACAGUGAACAUCUUAAUGGGUAUUGCUAUUUUAGCAUUACCACUUGCCUUCAAAUAUUCCGGAUGGGCAUUGGGAUUGAUGAUUUUUUUAUUUUGUUUAAUUCAAACUAAAUACACGGCAAAAACGCUAAAAAAUGUUUAG